UUUGCUUUGCCAGGUUAAAGGAGUGGAGACUUCUAUAAGACAUGGAUAGAUGCAAACAUGUAGGGCGGUUACGACUCGCCCAGGACCAUUCUAUCUUGAAUCCUCAGAAGUGGCACUGCAUGCAGUGUAAUACCACAGAGUCUGUCUGGGCAUGUCUGAAGUGCUCUCAUGUGGCUUGUGGACGAUACAUUGAGGAACAUGCAUUUAAACACUUUGAAGAAACCAGACACCCAUUGGCUAUGGAAGUCAAUGAUCUCUAUGUGUUCUGUUACCUUUGUGAAGACUAUGUUUUGAAUGAUAACCCUGAAGGGGAUCUGAAACUGCUCAGAAGUACUCUCUCAGCAAUUAGGAGCCAGAAGCAGGAUCUGUCUGUAAGGAGUGGUAGGAUGCUUCGGUCGAUGGCUUCAGGAGAAGAUGUGUUCCAACCUCAGCAGGCUCCUCAGGGACAGCCCCAGAUGCUGACAGCUCUGUGGCACCGGCGCCAGUGUCUGCUGGCUAAAGCGCUGAGGAUCUGGUUUGAAAAGAGCACCAGAGGCCAACAGAAACUAGAGCAAAGAAAGCAAAUAGAGGAGCUAGAGAAGAAGAAAGAGGCUGCAAGGCAGCGGAGGCAGGAGAUGAAGCGCCGCCUCCUUGAGGAGCUGGCCAACACCCCCCCCAGGAAAAGUGCAAGGCUGCUAUCUCAUGUUCACCAAGCAAAUUUGAUUCCCAGGAAGUUCAGAGAGACAGCAACAAGUUCCCCUACCUCAAGAAGAGUGCAGAGCAGCAAAUUCAAGCCGUUUUAUUCCAUCCGCCGUAAGCCAAUGGUGACCCCUGGUGUAACAGGUCUACGGAACCUGGGUAACACCUGUUACAUGAAUUCUAUCCUUCAAGUGCUCAGUCACCUCCAGAAGUUCAGAGAAUGCUUUUUGACCCUUGACCUCUGUGAAACAGAAGAACUGCUUGCCAAAACAGCCAAUGGGAAGGCUCAAAUGUCAGGUAAAUUGGCAAAUGAAUCUCCUGCUGAGGAGUCAGCAAGAAAUGACAGAAUUGAGCCAUGUAGGCAGGACUUGCCCACUGGCUUGAAUGGUGGGUCCUCCAUAAAUAGGAGCUUAGAACUAAUACAGCCUAAGGAGCCAAGUUCAAAGCACAUUUCUCUCUGUCAUGAAUUACAUACCCUCUUUCGUGUUAUGUGGUCUGGGAAAUGGGCCCUGGUGUCUCCAUUUGCUAUGCUCCAUUCUGUUUGGAGCCUGAUCCCUGCCUUUCGGGGUUAUGACCAGCAAGAUGCUCAGGAGUUUCUCUGUGAGCUACUGGAUAAAGUACAGCAGGAGCUGGAAUCGGAGGGAACCAAACGUCGGAUCCUCAUCCCCUUCUCCCAGAGAAAACUCACCAAGCAGGUUCUGAAGGUGGUGAACACAAUAUUUCAUGGGCAGCUGCUCAGUCAGGUCACAUGCAUUACAUGCAAUUACAAAUCCAAUACCAUUGAACCCUUCUGGGAUCUGUCCCUGGAAUUCCCUGAGCGCUAUCAUUGCAUAGAAAAAGGGCUCGUCCCUUUUAAUCAGACUGAGUGCAUGCUGACAGAGAUGUUAGCCAAAUUCACAGAGACGGAGGCCCUGGAAGGGAGGAUCUACGCAUGUGACCAGUGCAACAGCCGACGGCGUAAAUCCUCUCCCAAGCCCCUGGUUCUGAGUGAAGCUAGAAAGCAGUUAAUGAUCUACCGACUACCUCAGGUCCUCCGGCUGCACCUUAAACGAUUCAGGUGGUCUGGACGUAAUCACCGUGAGAAGAUUGGGGUCCAUGUCGUCUUUGACCAGGUAUUAACCAUGGAACCUUACUGCUGCAGGGACACUCUCUCCUCUCUUGACAAAGAGACCUUUGCUUAUGACCUCUCCGCAGUGGUGAUGCAUCACGGGAAAGGGUUUGGCUCAGGACACUACACAGCAUAUUGCUACAACACAGAGGGAGGUUUUUGGGUCCACUGUAACGACUCCAAGCUGAAUGUAUGUAGUGUCGAGGAAGUGUGCAAAACCCAGGCCUACAUCCUUUUUUACACUCAAAGAACAGUGCAGGGUAAUGCAGGAAUUUCUGAAACCCAACUCCAAGCUCAGGUGCGAUCCAGGAACAGUGAUGAGGACAGAAGACUGACAUUCCCCUGAAGGGAUCAUUGGUCACCCAAUGACCUCUGGCUUGUUAUUGAAAUCAUCUAUGUUCACACAUCCUUCCUCUUUGCGGGAAUUAAGGCUGACUGAAGGAACAGAUUUGCCACAAUCUGGGGUCAAGAGUAGGAGUUGUCAGGCUAUUCAGUCCUGUCAUGAAAUUUGUAGUCAAUUUCUUUUUAAUGUAUUUGGA